AUGCGACGAUGGAAUUCCAGCAGUCGUGUAAUAGAGAACUGCGUUGCUAUGACAAUACGAAUGUGCUCCUCGUCGUCGAAAUCAGCAAAUGUUCAACGACCUGCUUAUUACCGGAAACCUCACCAGCAUCAUAAACCAACACAUAUGCUUCAGGAAGAAUUCCCAAACGCUGGCGAUGCCUCUGGAGCCGGUGUGCGAUUGUAUGAUUACUAUAAAACAGCGGAAUACGUCAAUCAGUUACCAACAAUAAAAGAGAAGAUUGACUUUGUGAGCCCAUAUGAGCGCCCAUGGACCAGAGCGGAAAGGACAUGGCGACGUGAUUGGCAUCCAAGUCUCAUGAUUCCUCGUAAGGCGUGGGCCCUGCCUUUAGUUCCGGCUUACUUCGACUGUCUUAAGUACUACCAGUACAUAACAAAGACACGUCUUGUGGAAUCGUCGCUUGACAACUACUAUGUUGGGCUUGUUCCUCCAACGGCUAGCUAUGAGUAG